UAUGGAGCUCACUUCAGCCCCUCUCCACAAAGGACAGGUCUUUUGGAGGGGACUCCUGCUUACAGUCUCUCUUUUAACCUCCUGGACCUCUCCCACCGCUGCCCAAUACAUCACUCUUGAAGCAGUUCCACCCAUUGUUGCUGUAGGGAAUGACGUUCUUCUAGUUGUCCACGGUCUGCCCUUGCAGUUCACUCGCUUUUACUGGUACGAGGAAAAAAACUCUGUGAAGCACGUUAUAGCCACAAUUACUCUUCAACCAACUUUAAUAGUACCUGAGCCUCAAUACCGUGAUAAAAUGACAAUGUACAAAAAUGGAUCCCUGCUCAUCAGGAAUGUCAGUAAGGAUGACACAAGAGGCUACAAAGCAACGAUGACGAAUCUAUACUCUGUUGAUACAAAUCUAUCCGUGGACUUUCAAGUAUACUAUGCAGUGACUAAACCCUCCAUCCCAGUCAACAAAACCAUAGAAAAAGACCUGGUCUCUGUGUUCCUGAAGUGCCCGUCAAUUGACAUUGAUAACUCCAUCAGUUGGUAUUUCAAAGGCCAGAGUCUGAGGAUCAUGAAUAGGAUGACACUGACCCAGAACAACAGCAGCCUCCAAAUAUUUCCUGCCAGCAGGCAGGAUUCAGGGGAUUAUCAGUGUGAGUUAUCCAAUCCACUCGAUUCCAAGAUGAGUGACCCAUUCCAGCUGGAUGUAAUAGAACCAGUGAUUAAACCCUCCAUCCAAGUAACCAACAAUACAGUGAAAGACCUGAUCUCUGUGUUCCUGACCUGCUUGUCAAAUGACACUGGGAUCUCCAUCCAUUGGUUCUUCAAAGGCCAGAUUGUGGAGCUCACAGACAGUAUGAGGCUGUCUGAAAACAACCAUACCCUCCUAAUAUACUCUGUGAAGUUUGAGCAUUCUGGGGACUAUCAGUGUGAAGUAUCCAAUCAAGUCAGUUCCAAGAGGAGUGACCCCAUCCAGCUGGACAUAAUACAACCAGUGACUAAACCCUCCAUCCAAUUCACCAAUACCACAGUUAAAGACCUGACCUCUGUGAUCCUGAAGUGCUUGACAAACGACACUGGGAUCUCAAUCCAUUGGCUCUUCAAAGGUCAGAGUCUGAGAAUCACGAAUAGCAUGAGGCUGUCCCCGAACAACAGCACCCUGGAAAUAGUCUCUGCCAGGAUUGAGCAUUCUGGGAACUAUCAGUGUGAAGUAUCCAAUCAAGUCAGUUCCAAGAGGAGUGACCCCAUCCAGCUGGACAUAAUACAGCCAGUGACUACACCCUCCAUCCAAGUCACCAACAACACAGUCAAAGAUUUUAUCUCUGUGUUUCUGACCUGCUUGUCAAACGACACUGGGAUCUCUAUCCAUUGGUUCUUCAAAGGCCAGAGUGUGGAGCUCAAAGACAGGAUGCAUCUGUCCCAGAACAACAGCACCCUCCAAAUAUACUCUGUGAGGAUUGAGGAUUCUGGGGACUAUCAGUGUGAAGUAUCCAAUCAAGUCAGUUCCAAGAGGAGUGACCCCAUCCAGCUGGACAUAAUACGUGAACAUCGACCUUCAUUAAGGGCUAUUAUUGGCAUUGUUGCCCAAUGUCUGAUGGGGCUGAUUGCAAUAAUAUUUGUACUGUUUUUCCUGUGGCGCAGCCGUCAUGGCAGGGAGCUACAAAUUGAGAACAAUGUUAAACAGAUGGACAAUGAGCCAAGCAACCUCAAUGAGCCAACCAACACCAAUGAGCCAACCAAACUCAAUGAAACCUCAAAAGCAUCCUUAAAUGUGAAACCUCAAAAGGAAAAGAAGAAAAAAGUAAAUUCUUAA